AUGGCGGCCAGGGACGCGAGGCGCACGCCGGCGGAUGUUCUGUUUGCCUCGACGAACUUGCCUUUCGAGCCGCCGCGAGUCGAGCUGCGACGGGGUUCCGACUUCGUGCCAACGCGGGAGCCCACGCUGGCGGAGCAACACAUCUUCGACGUGCUGCGCACCCAGCCCAUCGAGAUUCACUUCGCUUUCUUCUGCCGUGACAACAUAGAGUCGCUCCAGCGACAGCUGUACUCGAGGGUGCUGCAAAAGACCGGGUACGGGAUCGACCGCCAGUCCGACGAGCACAUGGUGGCGGCUAUGAUGCGGGUGUUCGAGGAGAAUUGCAGGUAUUCUGCGUACGACGUGGCGGAGCAGGUGAGCCAGCUCGAUGAGAUCGUCCUCGGACAGCUCGUCCCCAUGGUGGUCACGAACAUAGACAUGCAGCGGAUCGGGACGGGGGCCAACAAGUCCGUAUUUCGAGCAUUCGACCGUCACGAGGGCCGGGAGGUGGCCUGGUGCAAGGCGAGGCUGUCGGGACUGGAGCCUGGAGGGACCGCCGACAUCGCCAAAGAGAUCGCCGUGAUGACGAGCCUGGACCAUCCACACAUAGUCCGGCUCGUGUCCAGUUGGACGGACGUCCGUGCGGAGGAGAUGGUGUUCGUGACCGACCUCUACGGCUCCUCGAUCGACGUCUACCUGCGCAAGCACGGAAAGCAAGUGCCCUCGGUCAUCAGGAAAUGGGCGAAACAGCUGUGCGAGGCGGUCGAUUACCUCCACGAGGGACUGCCCAACUCGGUGGCACACAGAGACAUCAAAGCGGGGAACGUCUUCGUGAACAACUACACCGGCGACCUCGCCCUGGGCGACCUCGGGUUCGCCACCGUGACCAGCAAAUCCAGGUCGAACGCUUCCAUCCUGGGGACCGCGGAGUUCAUGGCGCCCGAGGUCCUGCGGGGGUCUUACGGGCUGAAGGCGGACGUGUACGCCCUGGGGAUGACGAUCUUGCAGAUCACGACGCUCAAGAAGCCGUACGGGCGGAUGAAGUCGGUGAGCGAGCUGUACGUCGAGGUGUUGAACGGCUCCCGUCCGGAGGAGUUGCAAUUCGUUCGGAACCGAAACCUGCGGGCCCUCAUCGAAGCCUGCAUAGGCCCGGAGGAGGAUCGUCCUUCCGCUAGGGGUCUCCUCUGCUUGGAGUUCUUUCAGGAGACGGGAGGGGACGUCGAGACGGUGGAAGACCUCGUUGCGACGCCUUCGGCCAACUUCGGUCGUUUCAAGGGUGCCAUCGAGCGCUUCUGCUUGCUCAACGAGUCCUUCCGGCCGGCCGACCAUCUACGUUGA